AUGUCACCAUCGCAUCUUUCGGAAAAAGACUUUCAUCAGGCCAUGCUGAGGCGGCUUAAGCCAGGAAGCUGUCACAAGUGUCUCGAAAGGCUGACGGAGAUAAGUAUACUUGAAGCCAAGCGGGAAACCUACAUUAGGAAGGGGUGGAAUCGAAAACAUUGGAGGCGCUCCACGCGUUCUACUCUCCUGACUAUCCCACCCACGAUGAAAGUUCGAAUGGAUCUCCCACGACGUUCAACACCUCGAGCAGCAGCGAAACGGGUUCUCACUGAGCGCCUAGAUAUCGAUGAAAAUCGACUUGAAUGA